CCUGAUCCCUGGCUUCUUUUAGACGGCGGAGGGGAGUACCAUCCUACAGAUGGUGAAGGAUUUACAUACCCGCGUGGAAGUGUUGUUGAAGCAGAAGAAGGAUAGGAAGCAGGAACUGCAGGCCCUGCAGGAACAGGAUAAGAACCUGUGUGACAUUCUGUGCGUGUCCCUCUUCAGCAUUGAUGACAGUGCCGUGCCCAGCCUGGACGAGCUGGACCGCUACCGACGGCACGUGGCCUCCCUCAGUGCUGAGAAGGAGCGAAGGCAAGAAGAAUUUGUCAGCAUCAAGCGGCAGGUCGUCCUCUGCAUGGCGGAGCUGGAGCACAGCCCUGACACCAGCUUCGAGCGGGACGUGGUGUGUGAGGACGAGGAGGCCUUCUGCUUGUCCACAGAUAACAUCGCUAACCUCCAGAGCCUGCUGCAGCAGCUGGAGGCACGGCGGGCGCUGAACGAAGCCACGUGCGCAGAGCUGCGCUCCAGAAUCACUGAGCUCUGGGAAAGGCUGCAGGUUCCUGAGGAGGAGAGACAGUCUUUUGCAGUGCACAUGACUGGAUCCAAAGCGAAAACCAGGGAAGCUUUGAAGCUGGAAGUAGACCGUCUGGAGGAGCUGAAGCUGCAGAACAUGAAGUCCGUGGUUCAGGCGAUCCGCGCAGAGCUGGCUGAAUUCUGGGACAAAUGCUUCUACAGCCAGGAGCAGAGGGACGCCUUCAGUCCCUAUUACGAUGAGGAUUAUACAGAGGCCUUGCUCCAGCUCCAUGAUAUUGAGGUGGGGAAGGUGAAAAGCUACUAUGAAACGCACAAGGAGCUGUUUGAGGCUGUUCAGAAAUGGGAGGAAAACUGGAAGCUGUUUCUGGAGCUGGAGAGGAAAACAGCUGACCCCAGCCGCUUCUCCAACCGCGGGGGGAGCCUACUGAAAGAAGAGAAGCAGCGAGCAAAACUGCAGAAGACUCUUUCCAAGCUGCAGGAGGAGCUGGAAAACAGGAUCCAGGCCUGGGAGCAGGAGCGUGAGGAGCCUUUCCUGGUGAAGGGACAGCAGUUCAUGGAGUAUGUGACAGAGCAGUGGCAGCUGUAUCGCAUGGAGAAAGAGAAGGAGAAACAAGAGCGGCACCUGAAGAAAAGCCGCCAGAUUGAGACAGAGAUGAUGUAUGGGAGCACCCCAAGGACUCCUAUCAAGCGUCGAGUGCUUGGCCCCCACACGCCUGGCAAAGUAAGGAAGCUCAAUGGCACUUCUCUCUCCACGGCCACUCCCAACAGCACCAUUCGUUCAGCUUUUGGGGCAACUCUCUUCCAUUCACCAACGUCUCGGCUGCCACCCUCUGGAGGGAAGCUUGGCCAGGCUCGGACCCCCAUCUGCAUGGCUGCGAAGCCCCCCCGGCCCGGACACAGGGAGCGGAACAAGGAGAACCUGUCACAGCUGAACGGAACCACCCUGAGCGGUGGGUGCAGCCCCGCAGCCCCUGCCCAGCGUAACCACAGCGUUAAUUCUGUUGCCAGCACCUAUUCUGAGUUUGCGCGUGAACUCUCAAAGGCCUCCAGGUGUGAUACCAGCUCCCGCAUCCUCAACUCCACCACCACCAAUGCCUUCUGCUGAACUGCUGCCUUGGGCUCCAGCUCUCUGUAGUCGUAGUGAGUCGCUGUUCUGGCAGCUCCUGGCCCCAGGGGCUGCUGCUCUCAGUUUUAGUGAGUACCCCUGCCAGCCCGGCUCUGCAGUGUGGGGGGGUUCCCACCUGUGAGGGCAGCAGCUGAAAGGGACGCUUUUAACAUUUUGUUUUUAUUUGGGAAACUCUUGCAAAUAUUUGUGAUUAAAGAUUUAAGAUUUGAAGACAGUCUGGGGGUAGUCUAGGAGUGGAUGCUGCAGCCCAGUGGGGUGGUGGUGCAAGGGCACAGGGCUUUAGCUGAGGUUUCCCUAGCACCCACACUGGGCUGCAGCCUGGUCCCAGCAUAUCGUCUCUCCUAGGAAGGCAGUGUGGGCAUCUGUGUCCUGCAGGUGCCCUGUGCUCCUGGAGCUCAGCACACUGCUUCCCUGCAUCCUCUGCCCUUCCUGAAACAUGCAGAGGUCAGAGCUGGAGGCACAGUCCCAGCAGCUACUUGAGCUGUGGUAGGACCAAAGCCAACAGCCGCCAGUGCUGCCCCUUCCCCUGUUCUGCUCCAGUUGCAUUCAGCAGUAGAACAUGCUGGGUGGUAGUUAGCACCUUUCUUAGCUCAGUCCUUGAUCAUGACUAAUUUGCACCUUGUUAUCACUACAGCCCCCCACCUGCUGUUACUUAUACCCGAAGUUCUGUCUCCUUACUCUGUAACUGUAUAUACUGUUCAUGAGAAUAAUGCAUACCUGUAUAUAUAGCCA